AUGACAUAUAAUGAAGAUGGAAGAGAGAUAUUUUUGAAGAAAAAUAAUGAACUAGCGAACUUAUGUGCAGAGCAGGAGAUUAAAGAAGAAGACCAGAUGGUGCAGGAUUGUGCACAGAUAGAAUGUGCAGAAAGUACUUUAAAAGGCAGGAAAUUAUACUUUUCAAUAGCUAGUUCCAUGCUGGGGGCUGGAGUUCUGUUUCUUCACAGUGCCCUAAUAGGUGGGGGCUUAUUGGCAUUCGUAUUGGCUGUUAUUCUAUCUGUAACAGGAAUACUCAGCAUAACAGAGUGCAUCUUCAGAACGCGAAAAAAUAACUUGGCAGCAGAAGAGCCCUCUUCUGGUAUAAAGCAAGUGACAUAUGCAAGUUUUGCUAAUCUUAAGCCAAAAUAUAUACAGGGCAUUCUGAUCUUCUCACUUAUUGUGCAGUCUGCUAAUUCAAUAUUGAUCUACCAGACACUCAUAUGGGGGUGGAUCUACAGCAUUAUUGAGUUUCUAUUUGGCAGCAUAUUCCACAUGGAAAAUAUCUAUAUAAAGAACAUCCAGACAGUAUUGUCUGUACCACUUUUAUUCAUAUUAUGGAUGUAUUGCAUAAACAAGUCGCCUGGGGACAGUAAGUAUAUCCAGCUAAUAGCAACUGUUUCCAUUAUGUCUUUAACUAUUCUUUUGGGUACGCUUCUUGUCAUAUUCUAUAAUGUUUUUGAGCUAAAAAUGCCAGAUGCGUCUGUAUGGAGGUCUCUCGUUAUUGGAAAGACGCCUUCAGUAUUCAACUUCUGUACGUCUAUUGCAACUGCGUUCUUUGGGCUGAACUCGCAUUGUAAUAUUCCUAUUUAUUUGGACCGCGUGAAGUUAAAGAACAAAAGAAGCAUGUUGUAUCCUAUGGCUAUAACAUCUUCCUUGGUCUACUUCACAUUCUUCAUAGUUGGUGUGGAAGGAUACUUUUUAGUGUUUGCAAAUAAUCUUAAUGGUGUAAACAGUGAUAUACUCUCUGCAAUGUCACUUGCUCUUGCAAGCACCUCAAAGAUGUCCUUUGCAACUGCAUAUAUUCUAACAGAGGUUCUUGUCUCUCUGUUUAAGUUGGCAAUUAGCAUAAUCCUCUUAAAUUCGUAUAUGUGGCAGGCUUUCACAUACAGAGCACUGAUUAUGGACUUCUGCCACACAGUAAGAUACAAAAACAAUGGAGAGAAAAGACUCCCCUUCUUAGAAAAACUGGCAGAUGUGAUUCCCCAGGCAGCCAAAGACUUUUUUACUGAAACUGUUCCCAAUGCAUUUUAUAGAGCAGUGCAGCGUCUUCCAAAGAGAAUACAAGAAAGACUAGGAGUGUACAAAGAUGACACAGAAAGUAGCCUGGAUGGUAGCGAGAAUGAGAGUGACACUGUUCUGAGGUAUGUAGUUGGUUCUGUUAUAUUUGCUCUUACAACAGUUUUGGCUAUUAUUGGGCUAGACUUAACUCUUAUUAUACAGCUAUCCGGGGCAGUUAUUGCAUCUUUCAUUUCAAUUCUUGUGCCAGCUAUUUUGCUGUACCACAACCGGCAUAUCAGCGCAAAGAAAAAUAAAAGAUGGUUUGAUAACAUAGUUAUCACAGUCUUACUAUUUGGCUUUAUGCUCCUAGUUUCAACAGGUUUUGCAAAAACGUAUUACGAGAUAUCAAAUGCAUCUGUGAUUAACACAACUGCAGGUAUAAAUGCAACAGAAGCAGCAGAAAUAUCCUUACAUGGCGAGUAG